AUGGACAAAAAAUCAUUGAACAGAAUUCCUCUACCACAGUCGAGAGCCUCGGCUUCCGAUUGUAAAAAAAAUACUGAUUUGACACAUAAACAUUGGCCACGGAAUAAUAAAAAACGUGAAGGAUCUGGUGCUGCUCCUAAAAAUGAACCUUUUCGACGCAAUCUCCCACCACAAAAGGGUCGGGGUCAAAUUGACAAACGAACUCGCACUCGUGGACCUACUUUCGAUGUGGGUGGAACGCAGAACGCCGGGAUAGGGGAAGAUGAAGAGCCUGAAAUAGGCUCUGUUUAUCUGCCUGGAAGCAAAAAGCAAAACUUGAACCAUUUGCUUAACUUCAUGUAUCCCUCACGGGGUGGUGGGGACCGCAGAGGUCCUGCACCUCGUCGACAGGUUCAAAAUCUGGCACAUAAACAUCAGCAUGAUCUCUAUCUACGUGCGAAUUGUCAAUUUGUGGUCAAAGAAGAUUCUGACUAUAAAAUGAAUGUGAUGGAUCCAGAUGUGCCUAUUAAAUGGGAGCAGAUUGAGGAAGUUGUAGUACGAAGCACUGGUCGAUCAGAAUGUCCUAUAUGCCUUGGUAAUCCAGUAGCUGGGCGUGUUGGUCACUGUGGACAUGUAUAUUGCUGGGCAUGUGUUCUGCAUUAUGUAGCAGCCCAUGAAAAGCAACUACCACCUUGCCCUGUGUGUGCAGCUCCUAUGCAAGUAGAUGAAAUGAAACCUGCUUACAUGAUACAAUGGGAAUCACCCACUGAAGAGGUGACAAUGCGUCUUGUUCGCCGACUCAGAGGUACUACAACUGUUGAAAUUGCACCUCCCCGUGGAACAAUAACAAAUACCUUGGCAUCGCCAAUACUGCCACUUGAGAACCUUAACUGUGCACCUUAUACAAGAUAUUUUAUAGCUUCUAAAGAGCAGGUCUUUAAAAUAAUUGAAAAGGAACGUGAUGAAAUAAACAAUCAGAUAUUAGCAGAGAUUGAUACAACAGAAAUAUUUUAUUUAGAGCAAGCAUUGGAAUUAUUGAAAUUAAAAGAAGAAAAUAUUAAGAGCCAAAUAAGAAUACCUACUAAAUCUCCAGAACCAAAUGAAGAUAUGGUUCCAAUUGUUAACGAAAAACAAGAAGUUAAUGAUAAAAAAAUGGACUGGUUUGAUGUAACAGAAGAUGGUGCAGCUUGUGUUGAAGUUAUCACGGAGAAUAUGGCUUCUUUAAAUGUUGAUAUUGCUGAACCUGAAUUAAGUUCGGAAGUAACAACUUAUUUACAAGAUGAAUUGAAUGAUAACAAUGAAAUAGAAGAAUUUCCUCUCAUACAAUGUGAUCCUUUGGAGGAUAGAGCAGUAGAUAAUGACAAUUUCAUUACAGAUAUUGAUAAAGAAAAUCAGUCAAAAUACUUUUACUUUUAUCAAGCCGAUGAUGGCCAACAAAUCUUCCUUAACAGUUUCAAUACAAAAAAACACAUGCCAUAUACUGCUCAUUUACCAGUAUACUGCUCCUUUGAUAUUGUGGAGUUGGACUUGCAACCACCAUUUGUGACAACAGUAGCACUGCAAACUUUUUCAGAUGAGUUAAGGCGACGCGCUCGAUUGCGUGCAAAUCUUGAGCGCAGGGAGAGGCGUCGUGAGUUGCAGUGUCGGCAGGCAUUAGAGGUCCCGCCACGUCCGGACUUUUUCUCGGAAGUGCAAUUUCCGCGUGCCUCGACGUCCUUUAGCAGCCCCACGCCUAUGGAGACUGCUUCAUUUUCCACCAUGGACGUUGUUGAUUCACCACCUAGUUCAGUUGGAACUGUUGAACAAGCAAGCCCAACUCCAAGCACAUCUUCCUCUGGACUGUCCUUUGCGAAGAGGGUAGAUCCUACUUGGAGCCCACAACGGCCUCUGUUCAAAGAAUUGUGGAGUUAUUGUAUUGCUACAAGGAAAUGGAAACAACAUAAAGUUGUAGAAAAUAUGCCUGAAGAACUUGCAUCAAAUGCCAUGUGUAUGAAUGGAAGAAUUUUAAUGAUAUUUGGUGGAACCGGAGCGCCAUUUGGUAAUAAAUGUAGUAAUGAUGUUAUAACAUGGCGCACUUCCCCUGGCGAUGCAAAAUUACAAAUUCUUGAAGUAUCUGGAACUAGACCACCAGGACAGUAUGGACAGUCCAUAUUAUGCCACAAUGGUUUCUUUUACACAAUUGGUGGUACAAAUGGUUUUGCUUACAACUGUGAUAUAUAUAGGUUAGACCUACAGACAAUGUUUUGGGAACCAGUUUUUGUUGGAACUGGUCAGGAAGGAGAACCUAUUGGCAGAUAUCGACAUGAAAUAGCUCGAGUUGGAAAUAAGCUUUACAUUAUUGGUGGAGGAACAGGAGAAUUUGCUUUUGAACUUAUGGAAAUACCAGUUUAUGACUUAGACACAAAUACAUGGACAGUUUUAACUCCAAAAGCGGAUGAUACAUUGAAAAACACAUUAGCUCCUUUGCCUAGAAAGUGUCACAGUGCUGUGCAAAUUGAUUCUCCUAGAGGUGUUCAAGUGUUUGUGAACGCCUUGCAAUUUGUAUAUACACGUUUAAUAGAGCCGGUCAAUUCCGUCUUCAAGGGCGCGCGGCACAUCGCGGUCGCAACAAGUGCUACACGCGUCGGCGUAGACCGCGUAGGGCGUGCGUCCCGCCGCCUGAGGUUUCGCGCCAAUUCGCGGCCGCAGUGGCGGGAAGAGCGCCUCGCGAGCGGGACACUGGAAUCGCUCCACGGCCAGCGGUCAAAACUGAUCGAAGGUAUGGAAGGAACUACGGAGAUGGUGACGGACGCGGCUCCGCAUCGCUCGCCGACCCCAGAGCUGCACGCGACGUACACGUCCUUGGAGAUUCUGGUGGCCUUAGUGGCGGUGGUUGGCAACGCUAUGGUGAUACACGUGUUCCGCCGAGAUAGGAGACUGCGACGCCGCACAAACUAUUACAUAGUGUCGCUUGCUGUGGCAGACUUACUGGUUGGUCUGUUGGGGAUACCGUUCGCUAUUUUGGCCUCAGUUGGUCUGCCAAGGAAUCUACACGCUUGCCUGUUUACGGUGUCGCUGCUGGUGAUGCUCUGCACGAUUAGUAUAUUCUGUCUGGUGGCGGUGUCUGUGGACCGGUAUUGGGCUAUUCUCUAUCCCAUGUGCUACUCGAGGAACGUCCGCACCAGAACUGCUAUAUGCCCGAUAUGGCCC